AUGCCUCCGAGGAGAGAUGACCGAAUCAUACUACAUUUUGACUAUGAUUGCUUCUACGCCUCUGUAUUCGAGGUGGAGAACCCGUCUUUAAAAGGGGUCCCAUUAGCAGUCCAGCAGAAGCAGAUCGUGGCGACAUGUAACUAUGAGGCUCGAAGAAGGGGGUUACAGAAAUUGCAGUUGGUAACAGAGGCGAAGAAGACAUGUCCUGAGGUUGUCACCGUGCUCGGGGAAGACUUGACGAAGUUCCGCGAUGCGUCCAAAGAGCUAUUUCAGUAUCUUCGUUCCUUUUCUUGGAAUGAAAGGGUUGAGCGACUUGGACUUGACGAGGUGUUCAUGGAUGUCUCUGAUAUAAUAGCAUACAAUAUGGGCCUUCUGAACUAUAACGACCUCCGGACCGCCUUUUUCAAUAUGUCGCGUAGUGAUCCCACUGUUGGAUUCUCAUUUGACGCGUCUGUUCCAGCAGGGCAUACGUUUCCAGAGCAGGUGCUGCCGCUAGCAGAAGAUGAGGAGCAGCACUGGUCUGAUCCAGUAUUCAUUCAGCUGAGGCUACGUUUGCAUCUCGCUUCUCACCUUGCUCAGCAUCUUCGUCUGCUUGUUGAGAAGGAGAAGGGGUAUACCUCGACUGUGGGCGUUUCGACUUCGAAGCUCUUGUCAAAACUCGCCGGAAACGUCCAUAAACCAAGCGCUGGAACGACACUUAUGCCGCCCUAUGCCGAUGACUUGCAAGAUGACGCGGGAAUAGAACGCGAAAAGAGCAAUGUCCGCCUUUUCCUAAGUAAUUAUGAGGUCGGCCUAAUUCCUGGGAUUGGUCAUAAAAUGGCACAUGCCCUCCGGUCGUUCACGCUCGGACGAGAGGCUGCCCAGUCAGUGGAAUUGAAUUAUCAUAAGCCCUCGGAAUCCGUCACUGUUUCGGAGAUCCUUAAGCAUCCUGAUGCGAAUCCCAUUGCGUUCGAGCGGCUUCUCUCCGGGCAUGGCGCCCAACGAGGAAUUGGAACGCGGGUGUGGCAACUACUAAACGGAUGUGAUGACUCGGAUGUAUCGCAAGCAAGAGAUGUACCACGCGGUAUCAGCAUUGAGGACAGCUACCAGAAGCUCGAAAAAUUAGAAGACGUACAUGAUGAACUGCUUAGGUUGACAUGCAGCUUGGUCAAACGGAUGCGCGUGGAUCUGGUAACAGAUAUCGAGCCGCGCAUACUCGAUAGGGUAUCUCAUCAGAAAAACGAGCCUCAGCAAAGACGCUGGUUAGCACGCCCAAAGACCGUUCGACUGUCUACCAGAGACAGAUUCUCAUCCGCAACCAAUACAGAGGGGGAACGUUCCUGGGCUCGAACCUCUCGGUCCUGUCCACUUCCAUCUUUUAUCUUCGACCUUGGCCAAAGCGUUCCAUCAAUCGCUGAACAAUUUGUUACAGGGACACUUGAGAACCUCUUUCGAAAGCUGCACCCGGACAGAUUCUGUUUGAGUCUAAUCAAUGUUGGCGUCACUGACAUGGACAAUGAGAUUGAUAUAAGACGCGGUCGAGACAUUUCGACAAUGUUCAAGACCCAAAAUGACCGAUUAAGCGGCUGGAGGAUCGAUACUGAGAUACCACAGGCCAUGGAGAAAACCUCGAUAAAUGGAAAGAGCAUGGAACGGUCCGAUACUAUGGAAUUAUAUGGCUCUGAAGAGGACAUGCGACUCUCCCAAUCCAGCACAAAAGAAGUAGAAUCGCUUUGGCAAGACGAAGACGAAGUCGACACUCUCGACGACGUCGACUGUACAUUAUGCGAGGCCAAACUUCCCGCGUUUGCAAUGGCUGCUCAUCUACGAUUCCACCGCCUCGACAGUUGA